AUGUCCGGCUGGGAUGCUUACAUUCAAUCAAUGACCGCUAGAUCGGACGCAAUCAAGCGAGCUGCGAUUAUCGGAACUGACGGAUCUGUUUGGGCCAGAACACAAGAUCCUAACCCAUUUGGUGUAAGUCAAAUUUAUUAAAAUAAAUUUAGGACACUCCCUCAAACAAUUAUUUUUUCAGGCCUCCGAAGCUGAGCUCAAGAAAUUCGCUGCUCUCUUCAAUGACAUCAACUCUGUUCCGAGCACUGGAGCCGACUUGGAAAAUGUAAGAAUUCAUUUAAAAAGAUUUAUUAUUAUUCAUAAUAACUCUUCAGGUUCACUACAUUGUUCCUCGCGUUGAAGAAAAAUUGAUUUUCGGCAAAAAAGAAAAGACUGGAUUUUUCGCCGCCAAGACAAAAUCGGCGAUUCUUAUUGCGGUGUACGAGGGUGAGAAUGCUGCGUCGGCUGCGGUUCGUGCUGCUGUUGAAGCGAUUGCCUCCUAUCUCGAACAAACUGGCUAUUAGAUCGUGAAGGUAAGCAUUUUUACAGAUGAAAUAAGUCAGGUCCUUGGAGCCGAGCACGGAGUGUUUUGAUAAAACCCAAUUGACUAGAAGCAUGUUUCUGUAAUUCCUGAACACCAUUAAGGCAUUAGGCUUAUCGGGAGUUUCGUCAUAGAUAGAAUAUAUGAUUUUUUAAACUUUAAUGAGAACUCUAGGCUUUCAAGGUGAACACCCGAGCCACAACAAAUCUGGGAACCAGAAACCCUCGAGGACCUUUUAUUCUCUAUAGCUUCAAAUCUGGAGAUUUCUAGAUAAUUUAUUUUUUUGAGAGGUCCAGAUUAUCUUUAGGAUCAUAUUUUCUCAUAGGGAUCAAGUUGACAAGAUCCCAGGUUGAAAUGGAACCCUAAAGCUUCAACCCCUUAAUAAAACCUCUUUACCUAUUUCCUACAAACAUCAUGUAAAUUUCAGACGUCGACGGGUCAUCUUCCAACCAUAAUCAUCUAUUUAUCCAGUUUGCAUCUGUGUGUGUCUUGUGUGUUAUUGCUGCUAUCGCUUCUUCCUUCUAUUCUUCCUCACAUUAUCAUUAUUUUCCUUCCCUCUCUUAUUCCUCUUUUAACACCCCCAAAAAACGCGUUGUCUCAUAA